CUUGACAUAUGCGCGUAAUCUCCCGGCGCUUUUUUUCUCUUCCUCUUUGGAGGUUUUCAAUUUUUCACUUAUACGCUGCGCCAUUCUAUCUCCUCCGAGUUUUCCAUUGAAUCGCAGUCCAUGUUCUCCAUUGAAGCGCCUUCUGAUAUUUCUAUCCUCCAUUGAAGCAACUUCUCAGUGUUUUGCUGGCUGCAGUUGUAGGCGGCGAAGCAAGCGUUAUUUGAGGAAUUCAUUAGUUUACCAGGCAAUAAUCUUUGUGGCAUAAUACAACUAUUGUUUUGUUGAAUUGAUUGAGAGAAUCUAUGGGGGAAUCUGAGGAUGUGAAAUCAAAGUCGAGGAAGGAGGAGAUUGAGACCAAGGAGGAGUCUAGAAGGAGUCGAGGCCGUGAACAUGAAAAAGAAAGAGAAAGGGACAGGGAUAAGGAAAGGAAUGGGGAAAAGGAGAAAAAGAGAGACAGGGAGAAGGAUAGGGAGAGUAGGCGGUCGGAGAGAGAUAGAAGUGUAGAUGAUAAGCAUAGGGAGAGGGAAAGGGAUCGGGAUAGAGAGAAGCACAGGGAUAAACACAGGGAUAGGGAGAAGGAGCGGAAAAAGGAUCACAAAGAUAAGGAUGGAGAUAGAGAAAGUAGAGAGAAAGAGAGAGAAAAGGAGAAGGCAAAGGAUAGAGAACGAGAGGAGAAAGAGAAGGAGCGGGAGAAAGAAAGGGAUAGAGAGAGGGAACGGGAGAAAGAAAGGGAAAGAGAGAGGGAGCGAGAGAGGGAAAGGGAAAGAGAUAAAGAGAGGGAGAGAGAAAGGGAACGAGAGAGGGAGAGGAGGGAAAGAGAAAGAGAACGCGAGAGGAGAGAACGUGAAAGAGAGAGGGAGAGGGAAAGGGAAAGGGUGAGGGAAGAAAGAGAUAAGGAGAGAGAGAGGCGGCGCCGUGAAGCAGUAAUUGAUGACAGUGGCGAUGAGAGGAAGGACAGAGAUAGGAAACGGCGAAGGAGAGAUGAUGAGAACAAGGAGAGAGACCGAGAACGGAGUAAAUCAAGAGACCGAGAAAGAAGUAAAUCAAAAGAUCGAGAUAAAAGCAGAUCACAUAGGCACCGGGAUGAUAGUGUGGACAGCCAGAAGAAGAAGAGUGAUGAUGAGCCUGACAGAAUUCAGGAAUUAAUGGAGACAAAGGAACAGGACAUGGAGGAGGAACAGAAGAGAUUGGAUGAUGAGAUGGAGAAACGGAGGAGGAGAGUUCAGGAAUGGCAAGAGCUGAGAAGGAAAAAGGAAGAAGAGGAACGACAACAGCUUGGGGAGGCAAAUGCUGAAGAACCUAAAGCAGGUAAGAAGUGGACACUAGAAGGUGAAUCUGAUGAUGAAGAACCUGCUACAGAAGGGCAGUCAGAUACAGAUAUGGAUGUGGAUAGAGUAUUUAAACCGCCAGUUGAAGCUGGUGAACCUAUGGCUGUUGAUGUUGAGAAUGGAAAUGCAUUACCUAAUGGGGGUGCUGCUGCAGCUGAAGAGGAAGAUAUUGAUCCUCUGGAUGCCUUUAUGAACUCAAUGGUGUUGCCUGAAGUUGAGAAACUGAGUAGUGCUGUGCUUGAUACAGAAAGUACUGAAUUGAAUGGCAAGGAUAAAAAUAUUGAACAAAGCAAUGGUGAGGUGUCUAAGAAAGCUCCAAAGAAAUUUCUUGGAAGAAUAAUGCCUGACGAGUAUUCAGACCCUGAGUACGAGGAUCAAGAGGACGGGGGAAUGAAUUUAGAGGAUGAAGAUGAUGAUGAGUUUGUUAAAAGGGUGAAGAAGACUAAAGCUGAGAAAUUAGCCAUAGUUGAUCAUUCAAAGAUUGAUUAUAUAGACGUCAGGAAGAAUUUUUACAUUGAAGUAAAGGAUAUUGCAAAGAUGACUCUUGAGGAAGUUGAUGCUUACAGGAAGGAGCUGGAGCUGAAAGUUCAUGGAAAAGAUGUGCCAAAGCCAAUCAAAACCUGGCACCAAACUGGACUAACAACUAAAAUUCUGGAGGUGAUCAGAAAGAUGAACUUUGAGAAGCCAAUGCCAAUCCAAACUCAGGCUUUGCCCGUAAUUAUGAGUGGUCGAGAUUGCAUUGGUAUUGCAAAAACUGGUUCGGGAAAGACCUUGGCUUUUGUGUUGCCAAUGUUGAGGCACAUUAAGGACCAGCCACCUUUGAUGUCUGGAGAUGGUCCAAUAGGACUUAUUAUGGCCCCUACAAGAGAGCUAGUCCAGCAAAUUCACAAUGACAUAAAGAAAUUUGCCAAAGUAAUGAAUUUGACCUCUGUACCUGUAUUUGGUGGCUCAGGUGUUGCGCAGCAAAUAGGUGAUCUGAAGAAAGGAGCAGAGAUUGUUGUAUGCACCCCUGGUAGAAUGAUAGAUAUACUUUGUACAAGUGGUGGUAAAAUAACAAAUCUUAGAAGAGUUACCUUCUUGGUCAUGGAUGAAGCUGACAGGAUGUUUGAUAUGGGUUUUGAACCUCAGAUAACGAGAAUUGUCCAGAACAUAAGACCAGACCGUCAAACUGUAUUAUUUUCUGCUACCUUUCCUCGUCAGGUUGAGGUUUUGGCAAAGAAAGUCCUGAAUAAACCGGUGGAAAUCCAGGUUGGUGGGAGAAGUGUUGUUAACAGAGACAUAACCCAGAUGGUUGAAGUUAGGCCUGAAAGUGAAAGGUUUCUUAGACUCUUGGAACUGCUUGGGGAGUGGUAUGAAAAGGGAAAGAUUCUGGUCUUUGUCCAUUCCCAAGAUAAAUGUGAUGCAUUGUUUAAGGAUUUACUCAAGAGUGGUUAUCCUUGUCUUUCUCUUCAUGGUGGAAAAGAUCAGGGGGACCGUGAAUCCACCCUUGCAGAUUUUAAGAGUAAUGUGUGCAACUUAUUGAUUGCUACUAGCAUUGCUGCUAGGGGUCUUGAUGUAAAGGAUCUUGAGCUAGUAGUUAAUUUCGAUGUCCCCAACCAUUAUGAAGACUAUGUUCAUCGUGUUGGCCGGACAGGUCGUGCUGGUCGCAAGGGGCAUGCUAUUACUUUUAUUUCUGAAGAUGAAGAAAGAUAUGCUCCUGAUCUUGUGAAAGCUUUGGAACUCUCAGAGCAGCCCCUUCCACAGGAUCUGAAAGCGCUUGCCGAUGGGUUCUUGGCAAAGGUGAGACAGGGUCUUGAGCAAGCCCAUGGAACAGGUUAUGGUGGAAGUGGGUUUAAGUUUGAUGAGCAGGAGGAUGAAGCACGGAAAGCAGCGAAGAAAGCACAGGCCAAAGAGUAUGGUUUUGAGUUUGACAAGUCAGAUUCAGAGGAUGAAGACGAUGAAGUCCGCAAAAGAACAGAUGUUACUGUACCCAACCCUGCUCUUGGUGGGCAAGGGUUACCAGAUACUACAGGGCAUCCUGCCUCGGUGUCGGGCACAGCUGGCUCAGUGCCUGGCUCUAUACUGUCAAUCAAUUCAGCAGAUAAUCCAGCUAGGGCAGUUGCCCUCGCCGCAUCAAUGAAGAUACUACAGAAUUUAGCCAAGCUACAACAAGAUGCAAUGCCUGAGCACUAUGAGGCAGAACUUGAAAUCAAUGAUUUCCCACAGAACGCUCGCUGGAAGGUGACUCAUAAGGAGACCUUGGGUCCUAUAUCUGACUGGACUGGAGCUGCCAUCACAACUAGGGGACAGUAUUAUCCUCCUGGCAAGGUUGCAGGUCCUAAUGAACGUAAACUAUACCUCUUCAUCGAGGGACGUUCAGAGCAUUCAGUCAAAACAGCUAAAGCAGAACUGAAGAGGGUUUUGGAGGAUAUCACAUCGCAAGCUAUCUCUCUUCCAGGCGGGGCCCAACCUGGCAGGUAUUCUAUUCUCUGAUAACCAGAGUCUUAAUUGUACUGCCUUAAUGGUAGUACAUUGGUCAUCCUGAGAUUGGAAUCAGUAUUAGAUGCUGCUGGUGUACCAUCAUCCAUUUGCUUUGCUAUACUUUAUUAAUGUUUUGCUUACUUUUGUAACAUUAAGUCUGGUUGUCAUUUCUUAAAUGAUUCUGUUGUGAUGGAUGAGACUUGCUAAGCUAUGAUGCUCUAAACUUGGUACAUCAUUCAUCUUUAUAUCUGAUUUUGCUUGUGAGGAGUAGAAAUUCAUUGGUAUGUGUCAGAUUAGGGGUAUGAGGAUAUUCAUGGAUAAACCUGCCUAAAUGCUAUCCAUUUCUAUGUUUUUUCCCAUACAUAUGUUGUAGUUCACUAAUUUGACUUAACAGUUCAGCAUUUGAAUAUUUAUGCUUGAUCUCUGGUAGUCCGUGCCUCUUUUGAUCGAUUUCUUUUUUCCUUUUUUUUCCUCUCGUUUUCAUCUUUAACCUGAGCUCGAGGGAGGAUCAGAGGAGACCAUUGCCUUUUGACAGAAGUGGCUUACUGUCUUGCAUGGCUUCUGGAGGCUUACAGAAAGCAAUUUGGGUCUGACAGUUGGAAAACCAGAAGCACUUCCUUGUAUAAGCUUAAAUGGGGUUAUUGCAAUUGCUUCCCCCCAGAAGUAUCUUUAUAGCUUUGUGAUAUUGUAUGUUGAAGAUAUUGUGAUUGGUUAGGUUCUGUUCAAGGUUAAAUUUAGAUUACGAUUUA